AUGAGUCCUAAUAAGGUGGUGGUUUUUUGGGUUCUUAGUGUUGUUUGGUUUGCUACAACAACUAGUGCAAGAAUUGGCUCUUCUGAGGAUGAGAAGUUAGUGCCUGGUGGAGCAGGGUUUGGAGCUGGAGCUGGAGCUGGUGGUGGGCUUGGAGGAAUAGGGAUUGGAGGUGGUGGUGGUGGUGGGCUUGGUGGAGCUGGAGGUGGGAUUGGUUGGCUUCCAGGCCAUGGUGGGCUUCCAGGCCUUGGUGGUGGUGGUGGGCUUCCGGGGCUUGGAGGAACUGGUGGACUUCCAGGCCUUGGUGGCAGUGGUGGGCUUCCAGGCCUUGGUGGUGGUGGUGGGCUUCCGGGGCUUGGAGGAACUGGUGGACUUCCAGGCCUUGGUGGCAGUGGUGGGCUUCCAGGCCUUGGAGGAACUGGUGGCCUUCCAGGCCUUGGUGGCGGUGGUGGGCUUCCAGGCCUUGGUGGCAGUGGUGGACUUCCUGGCCUUGGUGGAACUGGUGGGCUUGGAGGAACGGGUAGGCUUGGCAAUACUGGUAGUGGUGGCGGGGUUGGAGGUACGGGUGGUCUUGGCAAUACUGGAGGUACGGGUGGGCUUGGCAAUACUGGUGGUGUGGUUGGUGGAACUGGUGGGCUUGGGAAUACUGGUGGCGAGGUUGGUGGAACUGGUGGGCUUGGGAAUACUGGUGGCGGGGUUGGUGGAACUGGCGGAGUUGGAGGUACUGGUGGGGUCCCUUGA